UUUUUGACGAGGAGGUGCGGUUUGUUCCAAAACCUUAACACGAACAAAUUGUCCGAAUCAAAGUGAGCAACAGUGUUGAGAAUAGUUAGACGGUCGUCGACACGUUCAUUUUCGGAUUAAAAGUCGUUAGAGACGCCGUUCAACAGCGGUGAAAGCGAUUAGAUAGGGAACGGCAUCGAGUCAACAGGAUAGCUAGCUUUUUUGCCAGUUGCUAACAACAACAAGGAGAAAAAUGUCGGUAGAGCCGAUUAUCAUCACACUUGAAACGGCCACCGGAGCCUCGAGUACAUUCCCGGUGGUUUUGAAGAAGAUAAUGGAAAUGCCUCCGCCGAAUAUUCUGGAGGGCGACGACGAUACUGACAAGGAGAAGCUUAGUCUGGGAGACAAUGUUGACCUGGGUGGAAGCGGUAGCGAUAUGGGCCCUUCGGCCGCCCUGACCCCCGCUAUCUGGGAGAAAACCAUUCCCUAUGAUGGGGAAAACUUCCACCUGGAGUACAUGGACCUUGAGGAGUUCCUCAUGGAAAACGGCAUACCCUCUUUGCCCGACGAGGACCCCCUAAAGAGCAGCCUUGAAGGAGACGCCAAAAAGAAACAGAGGGCCACACCUUCUGAGCAGAUUAAGGCUACCAAGCCAGCAAGUGUGUCUCCAGUGACCCUGCUUCCCAUUCAGGAACUGGACAAGUGUAAGGAGGAAGUGGUAAUCAUCAAGAGUGGUGCUGAUAUCAUCUGUGAUGUUACCGCAGCCCCCAUGUUCUCUUCUGUCUGCUCAGAGGUGUCCACCGAGGACAGAGCAACCCCCACUAUCGACCCCGACGAGAUUGAGAUCGAUGUCAACUACGAGCCAGAUCCCACCGACCUGGUCCUGUCGAGCGUGCCUGGCGGCGAGCUGUUUGACCCUCGCAAACACAAGUUCACUGAGGAUGAGCUCAAGCCACAACCGAUGAUCAAGAAGGCCAAGAAGGUGUUUGUGCCUGAAGAGCAGAAGGAUGACAAAUACUGGCAGAGGAGGAAGAAGAACAACAUGGCUGCCAAACGCUCACGUGACGCUCGCAGGCUAAAGGAGAACCAGAUCACAGUCCGAGCAGCUUUCCUGGAGCGCGAAAACGCAGCGCUGCGAACAGAAGUAGCCGAGCUACGGAAGGAGUGCGGGCGCUACAAGAACACAGCGAGUCGCUACGAAGCCAAAUUCGGACCACUUGCGGUGCCGGACGACCAAUAAACAGUUGAUUUAUUCAUUUAUUUUUACUAAUGAAUAAAUAAAUCAAACCAGUGGGGUUGGGAUGUGCAAACAAUAGAGUCGAUGAGAUGAAGAGGAGGAGGGCGUGACUGCUGUUGCCAUGGAGGUGCAAUAGCAUGUAAAGACUUUAUUUUUUUUUUUUAAGAAUAACUUAACCAUCCAUGUGAGUGAGAGGAGUGUGAGGAUAUUCAAGUGCUUCUUCAGUGCACCUCUUUUAUGAAGUGUACGUUUAUCAUGUUUUGUAUGCCGAAAGAGAUCAUUUGUGAUGUUUAUUUAGGAGAAACUGUGUUUUUUUUUUUUUUUCUUUCAAUGAUAGAUACUCGGGUAGCAGUUGCAAUAGUUUAGAUUGUUAUUAGUCAUUAUUAUGGUUUUGUAUAAAUAAACUGCAGUUUGCUUCCACAUUUGAGUAAAUUCUGAAACCCGCCUUUUUAUUUUCAAAUUUAUAUUAUUAUGUGAAAAGCUGGGCUUUUUCUUUGCCCACGAAAAACUUUUAACUGUGACAUUUCCAAUAAUUUAAGAUUCUUCAGGGGAUUAAAGUGACAUGGCAAUAAAAAAAAGAAAAAAGCGCAGUCAUGUUCACUCCAGCGGCACAGAGCCAAACAUUAACGCUCUGCUCUUAAUGUCCGUCUCACUGUCGCUCUGUUUGUCUCGGAGCAGGACGCCUGCUUCGCUCUCUGCAGGUUGUUAAAGUCGACUCGUCCAUUUACGUUAGUAAACUCUCAAGUGUUGUGCGUAGAACCCACUGAUGCAUGUACUGUAAAUAGUUUUAGUCUAAGAUUAUACUUUUAGACUCUUUUUUUUCUCCAUCGUGUUACAAUGUAUUGGGUAUCAAAGGAUAUUAAAGACGUGGAUACAGUGCAGGUUUUGGAUCAAUAUCAAGCAAUGAAAGUGUGACAUUUUCCUCCAAGAGUUAAAUGUCUGAAUAUGAGUAUUUUAAGGGAUAAAUGUUUUUUUUUUAAGUGGGGUUGCAUGUGGUACUUAUUCAUAGUCAGUAUACUGCAUACACCCCAGUUUGCAGAAGCAAGCUGGAGUGUUUGCAGUACCAACACCCCACUUAAAAAAAUGUCUAACUAUCCCUUUAAGGCAGUCGGGCGCUAACAGGACUGAAAUUAGUGCCUUAUUGAAAGCAGCUGGAGGUGGAGUGUCACACACAGUGGAAGCAUCAUGUCCGCAAAUAAAGCAAUUGAGUUUUCCUAUUAAUCACAGUAAAUUGCUUGAAAUGAUCACAAAACUAGGUGUUCAAAAACCUUUGACGAGGGGUAAAAUGUGCAUUUUAGAUUGUAUCAAGUUUUUAGGAAUUGUGGCACCCAUUCAUCACCCAACUUUUCUGAUUUGUGGCUGAACUUCAUUGUUACAGCUGCCAACAGAUAUUUAUUUUAUUUUAUUUUAUUUUUUCAAAUAUUUUGACAAACCAGGAAGCCUCAGUAGGUGUAUAACUGCACUGGGGAGUCUCUUUCAUCAAAAUUGAACCCCAAAAACUCUUCAAGCCAUUUCAAUGCACAGUCUGCCAGUUUACAGGGGUGCAUAUUGUGUAAUACAACACCUGAAAUUCAAGUUGUGGUUCCUAAAUCCAGGAUCGUUUAACUGACAAAAAAGGGAAAGCUGCUGUUUUGCUUUUUUGUUGCUGUGCUUCCGAACCAUGAAAGUGACUUUUUUACAGAAAUAAAUUCAAUAUUAUUCUUUCUGCGGGAUAGGGUUUUCAUGUGUUAGGAAUGAUAUUCAAGUAAGAAUAAAGUGUAACUAAUACAGGUUAUUUUUUAAAUAUUACAACCUGCAAAUGCGUCUUUAUCCGUUUGUACAUGCUCUUGUAGCUAAAAGUCAGGAGUCAGUGAUUUCUGUGGAAAUGAUUCAACUCCCUGCAUCAUUAAUUUCAGGUAACAAAAGUCUCCACAGUAAGGUCUCUAGUGUGUAAUUUCAAUUUUUUGGUAUAAUUCUGACAAAGAUGAUAAACUUCCUGACUUAUUUUGGUAUUUUUUAAUGCUUUCUGCUUUGAUAAAUCUGCCUUCUAUCUGGAACAGGUCAACUUAACAUUUGAGGGUUGUUUUUUAACCUUCCUGAUUCUGUGUUUGUAUUUCUUUGUAAAGAAACAUCUUGGUAUUCUUAUUGUGGCUACCUUUUGUGUCUUGUAUAUACAGUCUGUAUAAAUAAAGCUUUGUUGAAAAAGA